UCAGCCAACUUAGCACUUUUGUGCUUUUUUUGACAGCAGCCGUCUUGGCGAAUAUUUCGCUAGCGUACUGUACCUUGGGUUAGGGUUUCACUACGGGUCCUCGUCGUUAUUUCCAGCAAGCUUCGCGGGAGGAACAUUCCGUGUGCGGUGUACUCCACAGGCGACAAUCUGCGUAUGUUCAGCGGCCAACGGGAAACGUCAAUGGCGGAGAUUCCGGAGGACAUCGCAGUUGUGGUGGAAGUUCGUGGACGUGAUGGAAUAUUCCAGUGCGGCAAAGUAGUAGCCGCGUCCAGCAGCGGACUACUCGUGGAUUUUCGAUGCACGGACCGACGGAACGAGUGGGUUCCUCUCGACCAAGCUUCCAUGUACUGGGAUCCUGUCAGUGCUUACUCUUAUCCUCGAUGGACUCGCUCCAGGUUCUAUGCCGAUCAAGUGAUCAUGGAUUCCGUGGAGGUGCUGAUGCAGCACAGUCCCGCGGAGCCUUGGAAAUGGCAUCCGGCCACCAUCCUUGUUUAUGACCGGCAGCACAAUCAGUUCGCCUGGGUCAAAUUCCAUUUGUCCGGCAGGGACGUCAAAGCCGUCGUUCCGCGAGACCGUAUUCGACGGUGUGGUUUAAAGGUGCUCAUGACCUACGGAUUGCUUGAAUUGGUGGAAGAGCGCAAAAUGGAAACCUUCAAUUUAGAAAACCGUCUGUUUUAUAAUAAAACGGUGCUUAGCCCUUUGGCGGCCGCGAAAGCCAGCACCACACCCAAGAGCGUGAAGCAGCACGGACCCGAAGACGGUUGCCGGGUCGCGGAAACAUGGUGGAAGGGUCUCUUGGCCUGCUGCGGCCGCUCCACUUCCCCAGCUUUGAAAAUUGUGCCACCGGCGCCAGUUCUCGACGAGGGCCGCGCAUUCCGGGUUCUGCCGGUGGAAAUUAUUACGGAGACCUUGUAUUCCCUGCCGACCGUUGACCAGUGCCGGCUGCGGACGGUGUGCACCGGCUGGAACCGCCUCCUCACAGCGGCCGCCGUCAGGAACCUACUGCACAUCCAUUUCCCAUCCAAAAGCGAAUGCUCAUCGUCCGCCGGAAGUGUUUACAUCGCUGUGGCCUGUGCACAUCGUUGUUGGAGUUCUGGCGUAGUGGGCAUCGUGGGUUCGCCAGCCCGGGAUAACUGCAACGAGAAACUGUCGAUUAAUUAUUUGCCUUUAUGUGAUGGACUCUUUCUGCGCGCGCUGAUGAACAACUACCCGAAGGAUCUGGUGCUGAAAGACAUUAACUGCAUGUAUAUUCCUGAUGAUAGAGCCAAAGAUUACAUCGUCACGUUCCACCGAGUGUUUGACUCCCUAGCGGCGGUCGGUGAUAAGCUGACCGUGAAGAACUUUACCUGCGAGAUCUUCCAGUCGGUUUUGGAUGGCGGGGUUCCCUUCACCAUCCGCAUCCCGUUUGGACGGAUGCGCGACUGGUGUCUGACGCUUACCGGCUGGUGGCGAAUGAUUGAGCAAGGAUGUCCGCGGCUGAAUGACAAGCAGAAAGGAGUGGUGCGCUGUGCGAUCAGGAAACGGCAUUCAUGUUCUGCCGAACUUCAGGAAAACCUGAAAAUGAUUAUCUGGGCACGGCAGACUAACAAUCCACGGAAGAGUGUCACGUAUUUGAAGCCGUCUCCAGCAGGACCGCACCCGCUGGAUUUCGUGGAUGUGAACCGGCUGACACGACUGGCGCAGAAUCUCAUGUAUUGUGCAAUAACCAAGGCGACCUUCAACUGCACUGUGACUUGGCCUGCUGCUUAACUUUCUUCCCGCGGACAUUCAACUGGAAGCAACUAAGUGAGACCGGCGGACUUUUGUUGAAUUAACCUGCAUUACCCGCAUUAACCUGCUUGUUAUUUGUAAUGCAUUCGUGUCAUGUCAGUUUAAAUCUAACAAUUUUACAAGUGCUAACAGCGCACGCCUAAAUGUCUGUUAUUAAGCUCAACUGAACGGCAAAUAAGGUUGUUGUGGAAAUGAAUAAAUCCCGUGGGGA